AUAGACGCUCUCGAUCAAUGGAUGGCUCAAGAGAAACGACACGUCCUCUCUGACAAAUUACACGCUGAACACGUCUCUGAUCUCUACAUCACUUUGCCCACCCGUGACGGUACCCGCGCACCCUAUGUAGCACCUCGAGAUGGCUCUCCCUUGGGAUAUGGCCAUCACUUAGCCUUCUUCCACCCUCGCACGCCGGAGACAAAGCUCCGCCCGGACGGUACGGAUGCAGACUUCUGUCCUCCAGAACCAUAUGUGCGACGAAUGUGGGCGGGAGGAAAGAUGGAGUGGAGGAGAUCUCUGAUCAUCGGUGGCCAGGCAACGUCCGUAUCGACUGUGGGCGCUGUCGAGAAGAAGGGAUUUGAGAAAGGAUCACCCAUGGUGUUUGUGAAACAGCAGAUAGAAAUCAGGAAUAAAGGAGAGGCAGAGCCAGCCGUGCUGGAGGAGAGGUCUCAUGUUUAUCUCGCUCUAGGGGUCAAUAAACGGACAACACGUGAAGUGGAAGGAUUGCCGACAUCAGCUUUUUCGUUCUCAUACACACCGAGUGCAACAACUCUAUUCCGUUUCUCGGCUUUGACUUUCAAUGGACACCACAUUCAUCUUGACCGCGACUAUGCUCAGAGGUCGGAAGGCUAUUCUGAACGGCUCGUUCAUGGACCAUUGACUGCCUUGAUGCUCCUUGAAACACUCCUUUUCCACAGGCCUAAUGCAAAGCUGAGGUCAUUUGAAUAUAGGGCGAUCAAUCCUGUGGUAGUGAACCGGCCAAUGACGAUUCACGGUGCAUUGGAACGCGAUGGCAAAGCGCUGCUGUGGACAGAAGAUGCGGAUGGCGUGGUGGGCAUGAACGGCACCGUC